UGCUGUUCAGGGAGGCCGUGCCGUAAAAAAAGUCCGUGCGUGUUGUUCGUCCAAAAGUUUCUACAAUAAUCAUCGCCGCUAUUCACGCGCUGGUUUCACGGAAACUCGUCGAGUGCAUCGAGUCCCACCUCCGGAUAUCCUCAACUAAUUGUUCACGAGUUCACGAUCGCGUCACACGUCGCCCUUUUAGGUGCCAGACUAACACACUACCGAUAAAAUGUCCACCGAAAAGGAGGUAAACCCAGCGGAAGUGGAGCAGGAGGAACACGACACCAACUACCAGCCACCGCCACAGAAAACGAUCGAAGAAAUAAUGGCGGCCGAUGCGGAGGACGAGAGUUUGCGAAAAUACAAGGAAGCGCUACUGGGACAGGCACAGGUGGAAAAGAUUAUUUUCGACGAUUCGGAUCCACGCAAAGUGAUCGUAAAAAAGCUAGCCCUCGUUGCGGCCGACCGUGAUCCGAUGGAACUCGACCUCACCGGUGACCUGACGAAACUGAAAAAGAACGUGUUUGUGAUUAAAGAGGGUAUUCAGUACAAGAUUCGCAUCGAUUUUGUCGUCCAGCGUGAGAUUGUGCACGGGCUCAAGUAUGUGCAGAAGACCUACCGAAUGGGAGUGCCAGUGGACAAAAUGGUGCAAAUGGUUGGCUCCUACCCACCAAAGAAGGAAAUCCAGAGCUACACUACGCCAUUCGAGGAGGCACCGUCCGGAAUGAUGGCCCGCGGUACCUACUCCGUCACGUCCCUCUUCACCGAUGACGAUAAGAACGAGCAUCUCAAGUGGGACUGGAGCUUUGAGAUCAAAAAAGACUGGCAGUAAAAUGCAAUCAUCGCAAACCCGACAGCCACCAACAAAUACACAAAGAAACAAACAAUGGAGCUAUAAGAAGUAGAGCAACAAAACAAUACAACCAAUACAUUUACAGUGGUAAAAGCGUGCAGUAGAUAGGCAUGCAGGCAGGCGGACGGUGGAUGGUGUGGCUCGUGAGUCAUGCGACGAGUGCAUGAUGGUGCAAAACAUGUGAAAUAAACGGUCGUCGUAUCAGCUUGAACUGAUUGGGCUGCAGCAGCAAAAGGGGAUGGAUGGGAGAAAAGCGAUAAUAAGAAUUACAAAAAAGCAUGACAAAAGAAGCCAUUGCCUGGUCAAAAGAGAAACGAUUUGUUAAUUGCAAAAUUAUAUUGUGCUUAAAAAUUGGGCAACUUUUAUCGUUAAGGCUCCGUAGUGAACAGCUGGAGGCACGUUAGGGACGCAUUUUCCAAGCAUUCUUGGGCAUUGACAGGAUGCCGCGCAUUUACCAGCAGUGCAUUUUGUGCGGAACGAUGCACUUCGUCUUGAAUUUGUUUUCCGUUUCGAGAGUAAUUUUCUGUAGCACAUUACUGGUUGCUGAUGUGUUUGGUAUGAUCGAGUCUCUUAACAACAUUUCCCGCACUGCAGCGCGCCACUUUGAGCAUUACAUUUUAUUUUGCCUGCCUUUAUCAUUUGCAAAUCACAAAUUUUCGGCUUCUUGAGAUCCCCAUACAGUGCACAGUUGCUUAAGAAUAUUAUAAAACGCUUGAAAAACACGAUGGUAAAGCGUAAAUGGGACUGAACAAUGGGCGACAGCAUAACGUGUUCCAAAAAUCUAGCCAAACAUGAAGGACGAUAAGAUGAUUACGGUGCUUGAAAAGCAAUACGAAGGAUAGGGUGGUAUCGGGAUCGCAGAGAAUAUCGUAGAAUGUAACACGAGGAAAACACACACACCACACCACAAACACAUACCAAGUUUAUAGUAUUCUGUUCUUUUAUGCCGUUUUUUAUGGGGAGAAAAAAAGGAAAGAAGUAUUUGAUGCUCAUACGAGAUGGAUAUAACGUGAUAGGAACGUAUCAGUAGGAGCAAAUCGUGAACGAUAAGGUAUUUCUGUUCAAUAUUAUUUUUCAAAAAUUGUUCAUGCUGAAGAGGGGCCGUAAAGAAGUAGGGAGCAUGAAACGCUAGCAACAGCGCGAAGGAAUGAGAAUGAUGUUUUAUGUUUGCGAAGUAUAUAGAUGUAUGUAUAUCAACGCUAUUCCGUAUCAGCAACACCAACACCCAACAGCAUAUUAAAAACAAACCACUCGCCGUGUGUGCAUGGUAGGGAGAUGGACGUGGAAGGAUCACCCUUGCCUGUGCUUGGAUUUCAAUUGUGCCGUAGCUUUUGCUUAAACAUCUUCCUUUUGUCGAACGAAAGAUUUUUGAGUAGAAACAGACAGAUCGAAUUUGAUGACUGAAGUGCGAAACAUCUGAGAGCGCCCGUGGAAUCAUGAAAUUGUUCCCGAGGAUAGCAAGCUAAUAAACUAAACGCGUGUGAUAGUGCUGCGGAGAGUGAAACAACAAUACAAUGCCCUACUAUUCCCCGGUAGUCUGCUGCCAUUUCUAUGUUGUAUCUAUGCCCUUGUGUGCUUGUACUAAUCAUGGAGCAGAGUGGCACGGAAAUGAGCAAAAAAAACCGUAUAACAUGUUAGCAGUCAUCCUAAAGUAUCGGUAGAGCGCACCCAAGAACUGACGGAAGCAGCACUUCUUGCACAUCUUGGGAUAGUAACCCUUCAGCACUUACUGCAAUGGUUCCAGUUCCUUCGAAAGCAUUGGUAGAUUGAGUGAAGCGGCUGUUUACUGGAUCAACUCGCCAGCCUGUUGUUGGCGAACCAUUUUCUACAUUCGAUCGAGCGUAACCGGUGGAUAUCCGAGGGAAAAGAUAAUAUGCUGGGAUAAUGUACAUUUCAAUCAUGAAAAAUCAUAGAUAAGCAGCAGUCGCCGCCGCUCCCAUUAUCGAACAAUCAACGCGCAAUGGCUAUGCUGCGUUUAUGACAACCGUUUCACAAUAUAUGCGCCUUAGAUAUGUAGAUCAUACAAGUGGAGAAAGCAGAGUUUGACGAGAGAGAGAGAGAGAACUAGAAGCCGGUUUGGUAGGUGAUGAUGUCCCGCAUGAUGCCCCCCAUCCUACUGCACCGGUUGAUAGAUCAUUUAGGUGGUAGGCGAACGUUCGAGGAUCAAUAACAAUACAAUAUCCGCGGCUCGCUAGCUCGAGGAGUAGUUCCAGACAAUGCGAAAACAAUGUGCUUUACCUUCGGCGAUCCACAAUUUCAGGCGAUCAGCAGCGUGUGCGUGUGUGCUCAAUUUGUUCGUUUACGGUAUUAAGCGAGAUAUAAACAGAGAGAGAGAGAGAGACCGAGGGCUGAAGAGAAAAUACAUAAGAAACUGUAAUAAAACCUAGUGUUCCGGUGAGGGUACGUUUGUUCCUAGCCAGAGCAUUUGCCACCAAAA